UCUAACGAAUGGAUGUCAAAGUUAAUUAAACUUCUCUACAAAAUUCAUAUAUUUAUUAUUCUAAAUUUCAAAUAAUUUACGAUAGAAACACGCUUAUUCAUUUUAGUUUCAUUUCAAGAUUACUUGUUUAAAAACUCAAGUUUAUGUGUUUACGUCACAUGUGAAUCUAAAAUAUUUAUUUUGAAAAAAAAACAUUUUUAUGCAAAGUGUAAAGGCAAACGUUACCCAACACAAAAUGAUAGCUAUUCCAACAUAUUUUUGGGUCUGGAAGCUCACCAAACUAAAAAUAAAUGGGCCAGAAAGAAAAAGCAGAGGGUUGUUGUUAUGAACCCAUUGCAUAAACAAUUUAAGGCCUAACGGGCUCAGCCCAAAUGUUUUUUUUUCGUUUACUCAAAACGAAGUCGUUUUAUACACUAGUAAGAAGGAAACUGGUUUCAUGCACUUGUAUCUUCGCCGGCGAGCAGACACGACCAGAAGAACUAUAUUCCGACGAGCUUCUUCGAUCAUCAUCAGAAGAACAUAACGUACCUAUUCUCCCCGAUUACAUCUAAUAAAAUAGUUAGAAUGAAGGCAAACGCAGGCACGCUUACAAACUUCGAAGUACUCGACUUGCUUAACUCUAGAGGUGCAUCUAAUGAUACUACAAGAGUUAUAGCUCCAAUCUCUACAUCAGAAUAUACAAGGUUACAUGUAUAUGAUUACUUGAUGGAGACUCCUGCUUGCACACAAACACAAGAGAUCAUUACAAACUUCUCUGAUCAGUGCAAAUAUUUCAAACUAGCUAAAGCCGAGAUUCUCAAUAUCAUCAAUAUCAGGCCAUCAUCUACUGUUAACCUGGCCCCGAUCUUAGAGGAGCCUAGUGAACGGGGAAUCGAUAAAAAGGCAAAAGAGGGAAUACUAAAGCUCGUGGAGGCUUUGCUACCGCCGCCUCCUAUAGUGGAAGCUCGUGGAGAUAACGAGGAAGAGGAAACAGAGGAGGGUGAACAAUCAUAACAUGGCAACUGCAGUUUUGAGGACUUUUGAGUUAAUUAUUUAUUCUAUUUUCUGUUUGUAUAAGCUUCACUGAACGUCGAGAGCUUAUAUGAAGUGUACUAGAUGCAUACAAUAUGGUUUCUUUCAGUUGAGUUGUUUAGUUUCAUUUCCAUAUAAAAAUAUAGGAAAAUAUAAAUCGUGUAUGACAAAAAUGAAGAAAACCAUAUUUUUUAAUAAUAGUAUAAACUUGUUUUUUUUUCAUU